AUGAAAGACAUUUUGGAUAUUAUCCCGUAUAAUAACCGCUAUUUAAAGUCAUACUUGACUCUUGCAAAAUUCAUAUUUGAUGAUUAUAAUGUAAAAGAGGUCAAAUAUAUUCCACUUGUUUCUAAAUACAUGUUUUAUAAACAAUAUGGAAUUAAAUUAGACACAUCUGAUGAUUUCGAAAAAAAUAAAUCCGAAAAUCUCGAUAUUCAUUCAGAAAAUACAAUUUACAGAGCAAUUAUAAAUAAUGACUUAGAAACAUUCAUUGCAUUCACAGAGAGAGAUGGAUUUGAUGAGAGUCAAAAACUUUUAAGUAAUUUAUAUCCAGAUUCUAAAGACGGAAAUGAUAAAAAUCAAAGAGUUCAUGACUAUUCGCAUCUUUCUCAAACACCAUAUUCAUUACUUGAAUUAUGUUGUUACCAUGGGGCUAGGGAUGCGACGGUUUUACGCCAUGACCGUUUAAAAAUAGAAUAA